AUGGGGGUCCGGGAAAUAACUCGGGGCUCGGGCACGGCUAGUGGCGACGUGAAUGUUGCGAGGUGGCCAGCAAUUAGAAGUGGAGGUGUGCGGGCGGCAGGAGGCAUGGCAGGCGGUGCGCUGGGCGGGCGUGCGUCAGUCGCCCCGCGCGCCGCCGCAGUGCCGCCGCGCCAGACGCCGCGCCACACGCGCCGUAGUAUGCCGGCGCUGGGGGCCCGCUGCCGACGCGCCCGCCCGCGCGCCUCCCGCGCGCCCGCGCCGCCAACGGCCGCCCGUCCGCCCGGCCCGUGCGCCCCAACGCACGCGAACUCGCGCGUUCCUACUCCAUACGCCGGAAUG